AUGUACGGCGGAAUGCUCGCGGCCCCCUCGGCCACUCGGUCCUUGAGUCCGAAGUUUCGCCACCUCCUGCCCCCGACCUACUCGCAGACUAUCGCUGCCUGGCUAGCAGAGGACUGCCCAUCCCUGGACUAUGGCGGCUUCGUUGUCGGCGAAGACCUCAAGGAGGCCUCUCUUUGGUGCAAGUCACCGGGUGUGCUGGCUGGCGUGCCCUUCUUCGACGAAGUGUUUCGUCAGCUCGGCUGCUCCGUACAGUGGUACUUUGAUGAGGGGGCCAUGAUCGGCAAGGAAGGAGAGGGAAAGACCAAAGUCAAGGCAGCCACAGUGCGAGGACCGGCACGCAAGCUCUUGCUCGGCGAGAGGGUAGCUCUCAACACCCUGGCACGUUGCUCAGGCAUCGCAACUGCCUCCCAUCUCUUCUUGCGUCGAGCUCGUCAAGCGGGAUACCGCGGUAUCGUAGCCGGAACACGCAAGACGACACCAGGGUUCCGCCUUGUGGAGAAGUACGGUAUGCUCGUCGGAGGCGUAGACAUGCAUAGGUACGACCUCUCCAGCAUGGUGAUGCUCAAGGACAACCAUGUCUGGUCGACCGGAUCCAUCCCUGCCGCAGUUGCUGCUGCUCGGGCUGCUGCUGGCUUCUCGAUGAGGAUCGAUGUAGAGGUGCAGAGCGAAGAGGAAGCCCGUCAAGCCAUUGCGGCGGGGGCGGAUGUGGUCAUGCUGGACAAUCUUGAGGGGCAGGAAUUGAUCGACGUGGCUCGUAGGCUCAAGAGUGAGCUGCACGCGAGUAGUGGGGUCAAGGGAGGCAAGGAGUUCCUCAUUGAGAGCAGUGGAGGAAUUGACCUGGCGAAUCUGAGCAGUGGCGGACACUUGGAUGACGCCAUAGAUGUCAUCUCGACGAGCGCUAUCCAUCAGUCGACGAAGCAUGUCGACUUUUCGCUCAAGAUUGAGCCGCUGAGCCAGGUCAAGACACGAGGGCAUUAG